AUGGACUCAAGCAAUGACCAGCCAGUACCAUCCAAUUCCGAGCUUAUGGCAAGCGCCAAGGUGAUGUCGGACGCGGUCGCCGGCAAGGAGACCGACCCGGGUAAGAUAGCGGGUGCUGCGGCCGACAUUCUUGACGCCGCGGCUAAUUAUGGAAAGCUAGAUGAUAAGCAAGGGUUGGGGAUGUAUAUGGACCAAACGGCUGAUUAUCUUCAUAAAUAUGAAACCACCCACACCACCACCACCACGAAAACCGACACCGACACGUCUGGCAACCAGACCACCGAAACCACCACCACGAAAACGGAUACAUCAGGCCACAAGACAACCGAAACUACCACAAGUAAAGACGGCAUUGCUCCAUCAUGUGAUGAUGACAAAUGCACGUAG